AUGGACAACAAGCAUACACUUCUCAGGGAACCGAAAAAGCGCCGGAAAGCCAUGCCAUCUGCGGAUGUGCGAGGCAUUGACGACCUUAAUCUUCUCUCUGAGGGCUUCUUCAAAACUUCCAAUCACUUGCACACGUUUUCCGACUUUACCUCAGGUUCUUUUGAUAAACAGCGUGCCACUAUUCGCAUCCGUGCAAAGGAGCGCCAGCUUACCACCCCUACAAGGAUGCGUGCACGACAUAAUGAGGCGAUGGAUUCGUGGCCUUAG